GAGGAACUGACUGGUUCCGUAGAAGCAACUUUUCACACUAAAAACACACACUUCCACCCGUCAAACAGCAUAGAUAUUGUGAAUCCUGUUCCAUUACCUCCGAGUUGAUGUAUCUACAUUGCUCCUGAAGGCUGGGAUCUUGGAUGGAGUGAGUGUUGAGCCCCUAUGAGAUGACUGACCAGGGCAACAACAACCAGAACAUCUCCUGCAACCCCUUCGCUGCCCUCUUUAGCUCACUGGCUGAUGCCAAGCAGUUUGCAUCAGGCCAGAAACCGCAACAGUCUGCUGAACCACCACUGGAGGACUCAGGAGAAAGCCAGUCAGAGUCAGAAAACUCUGUCUCAGACAGCGUUGAUGACAAUGAUGACUCUGUGGCAGAGAUCAGUCGCUCUUUCCGGUCCCGUCAGGAGCUCUGCGAACAGCUCAAUGUCAAUCACAUGAUCCAGCGAAUAUUUCUCAUCACUCUUGACAACAGUGACCCCAGUCUGAGAGGAGGCAAUGGGAUCCCUCCUCGCUGUGUUUACCUGGAGGAGAUGGCUGCAGAUCUGGAUGGACAGGACUGGCUGGACAUGGACAACAUUGAACAGGCUCUGUUUAACCGUCUGCUGCUGCUUGAGCCAGGAAACCACCUCAUCUACAUGACAUCAUGCAGCGCUGUUAACUUGUCAGCUGACCGCGAUGCUGGCGAGAAGUGUGCCAUACCUUACCUUUUUGCUUGUUACCAGAGGGCCAAAGAAGAGGUGACAAAGGUACCAGAGAAGUUGCUGUCAUUUGCUGUUCGCUGUAAGAACCUGACAGUUUCUAACACAAGGACAGUCCUGCUCACACCAGAAAUCUACGUUAGCCAGAAUAUCUACGAACAGCUUCUGGACCUGCUGUUGGGGGCCUUCAGUGGAGCACAGCCAGAGGAGGUGGUUGAAUUUGUGGAGGAGGUCAUUGAAGGCCUGCUCUCUGACCAGGAGGUGUGUACCUUUGAGGAGGUGAUAGUACCAGUGUUCGAUAUCUUCCAGGGACGCAUCAAAGACCUGGACCUGUGCCAGUCUGCCCUCUACUCCUACCUGGACGUUCUGCUUUAUUUCAGCCACAAUAAAGAUAUUGCCAAGGUUUUGGUGGAGCACAUUCAGCCCAAAGACCCAGCCAAUGGUUUACAAUACCAGAAGACCCUACUGGGGGCAGUGUUGAAUAUCUCCUGCUUAUUAAAAACCCCAGGUGUGGUGGAGGGACAUGGCUACUUCCUGAACCCUUCCCGCUCUAGUGCUCAGGAGACAAAAGUUCAGGAGGGUAACAUCCACCAGUUUAUGGGGCAGUUUCAUGACAAGCUGCACCAAAUCCUAAAAAACUUGCUCCAGCGACCUGGUGAGACACGGCACCUGCUUCUCUCGUGGUUGGGUAGCUGUCUGCAUGCUAACGCAGGUCGUACCAAAAUAUGGGCAAAUCAGAUGCCAGAGAUCUUCUUCCAGAUGUAUGCAUCGGAUGCUUUCUUCUUAAACUUGGGGGCCGCACUUCUGAAGCUGUGCCAGCCUUUCUGCAAGCUGCGCUCACCAAAACUGCUCACCUUCAAUCCCACCUACUGUGCUCUCAAAGAGCUGAGUGAAGAGGAGAGGCGGAAUCGCAACGUGCAUGCAAGAGGUCUUGACAAGGAGACCUGUCUGAUCCCUGUGCCCUCUCAGCAGCCAGUGGAGUCUGCACAGUCUUACAGUCUGUUGACUGAAAACCUCAUCCUUACACAGCUUACCCUGCAUCUUGGCUUCCAUAGACUCCAUGAGCAGAUGGUGAAGAUGAACCAGAAUCUCCACCGGCUCCAGGUAGCGUGGCAGGAAGCCCAGCGAUCAGGCAACCCCAUGUCCGAGCAACUCCUGGAGCAGUUUGAGCGUCUGAUGAUAGUUUAUCUGUCAACCAAAGCUGCCACCUCGCAGCCGGCCAUGCUGCAAUGCUGCCUUAACCUCCAAGCCUCCACUGGUGCUCUGCUGGUGCAGCUUGGUUUGGGAAACCAGGGGCCUGAACAUGUAGCACUCAGUUUUCCCCUGCCCUCCCUACAGAAUACUAUGCUGUGCUAUGUUCCAGAGUUUUUUGCAGAGAACUUGGGAGAUUUUUUCAUCUUCUUGCGACGGUUUGCUGAUGAUAUUUUGGAGACUUCUGCAGAAAGUCUGGAGCAGAUUCUUAACUUCAUCACUGUCUUCAUGGGAAAUGUAGAAAGGAUGAAGAACCCUCAUUUACGUGCAAAGCUGGCAGAGGUCUUAGAGGCAGUGAUGCCCCACAUGGAGCUACUCCCUACCAGUGCUGUUCAGCCAAUCAUGUUCCAGCGAGAGCGAGUCUUCUGCUCCUACAGACAUGCACCCCAGCUGGCCGAGGCCCUUAUCAUUGUGUUUGUAGACAUUGAAUUUACAGGUGAUCCUCAUCAAUUUGAACAGAAGUUCAACUACAGAAGACCCAUGUACCCCAUCCUCAAGUACAUGUGGGGCAAAGAGAACUACAGAGAGAGCAUCAAGCAUUUGGCACACUAUGCAUCUGAGAACCUAGAGGCCAUGAACCCCCCUCUGUUCCUCAGGUUCCUCAACCUCCUGAUGAACGAUGCCAUCUUUCUCUUGGAUGAGGCCAUUCAGUACCUGAGUAAAAUCAAGGUUCUGCAGCUGGAGCGGGAUCGAGGAGAGUGGGAUAGCCUGUCCCCUGACGCCCGAAAAGAGAAGGAGUCCAGCCUGCAGAUGUUUGGACAGCUGGGACGCUUCCACAACAUCAUGUCUAAUGAGACCAUCGGCACACUGGCCUUCCUCACAUCAGAGAUCAGGGGGAUCUUUGUGCACCCAUUCCUUGCAGAGAGGAUCAUCUCUAUGCUGAACUACUUCCUGCAGCAUCUGGUGGGUCCUAAGAUGGGAGCACUUAAAGUCAAAGACUUCAGUGAGUUUGACUUCAAGCCGCAGCAGCUUGUUUCUGACAUCUGCACCAUCUACCUGAACCUGGGUGAUGAGGAGAAUUUCUGUGCCACAGUUCCCAAGGAUGGACGAUCAUACUCUCCGACCCUCUUUUCCCAAACAGUACGGGUACUGAAGAAGAUAAAUAAGCCUGGGGACAUGAUUGUGGCUUUUGGACUCUUAGCUGAUAAAAUAAAGUCUCAUGCAGACAGACAGCAGCAGGAAGAGGAGACAUAUUCAGAUGCCCCUGAUGAGUUCUUGGAUCCCAUCAUGUCCACGCUGAUGCUCGAUCCUGUGCUUCUCCCUUCCUCUAAUGUAACAGUUGACCGCUCCACUAUAGCAAGGCAUCUCCUCAGUGACCAGACAGACCCUUUCAACCGCAGUCCUCUAACCAUGGACCAGAUCAGGCCAAAUGAGGAACUCAAACAGCAGAUUUUAGAGUGGCUGGAGAAACAUAAGCAGGAGAGGCUGCAGAUGGGGCCCAGUGGCUAACCCUCACUGAUCCCUCGCUGUGAUAAACAAUGACCACAUCCUUGCUUUCUCCUCCUGGCUCAGAUCUCCUGCUUGCUCCUCUGCUCUGACUGAUCCACAGUGUGCUUGCCUCCGUGGAUUUCUCUAGACUCCUUAAAUUGCAAUUGCUUUCUCACACAGCCUUCACGCUCAGUGGAUUCUCCCCAUGAAUCCCUGCACAGUAGCUGUUUGACUCCGAUGAUGCCCUGUGUUAACUCUAGUGAGGUGAUAUAACCUCUCUGGUUCCUCUCUCCCUGAAUACUGUGUAUUAGCUCGUAAUUGUUACAAUCAGAACUGUGGCCAGAAGUUUCAGUUUCCACAGGACGUGUUGAACGUUCUUUAUGAACUCCUGACCUGAUUUUAUACAGCGAGGUAAGUAUUUUUGGGAACUCUUGCAGCAGAUCAUUGACAAGAAUGUUUAUGAUUUCAACUUGGUUUUACCUUUGUGAUCAAAGCAUUAUUCACUGCCUUUUAAAGUCUUUGAACACCCCAUAUUAAAGCAUUUUGGUUACAUAUCAAGCAGCAUUGUAAAUACUGUAAAACUAGCAAAUAAAAGUACAGCAGAGUAAAACUGAAUUUAUUAUGUAUGUUUUAUUUAAAUAUAAAGAAAAGAUAGAAACCGUGUUAAUGCACCUGAAGCACAAAAACACACUGUGAGAUAUGCAUUUUAACUUAUACAAGUUCUGCAAAUCUUAACAUGCACUUGCCUUUAACCAAGCACUUAAAGUCAACAAAAUGAUCUGAGAGCCUGCAAGCUAAAAGGCUGUUACAUAUAAGGACUGUGUUUCAGUUGUAACACAACAAUAAAUCCAGUUUGAAUCACAUUUUAGAAUAUGUACCUACACAAACACACAAAACAUUUAAAUCUGCCUAAAAUGCCGUUAUCCUUGUUAAAGUUGUUUGACUGUUGCGUGUAGCUUUGAUAUACAGUUUGGUUUGGUCUUGAGUUGCUCACAGGUACCAUAAUUGGACUGUAAAGGCUAAUAGGUUAAGUCAAAAACAGAAAUAAAGUUUACCAUUUAGUGGAAAACUGCUGACAGCAAAUUCUUACAUUAGAAAUUCUAAUAUAUAUAUACCUUUAAAGUUACAAAAUAGCUAUUUUUACUCCACAUGAUGAGUAAACAUCCUUUUGUAAAAUCUGUGACGUGUUCCUUUAAGACACAGCAGUGUUUAUGAUACACUGCAUCUAAAAUACCUGAGUAAAAUAAAAUUCUACUUAGGAACUGAAAUCAUUUUAUGUUCUCAGUCCACUUAAAUCAUCAUGUUUAAUUUGAAGGUCGUCUCUAUUAAUUUCUAACUCGAUUGAACCAAAAGGACACAAUAUUGGGUGUUCAACCAUUUUGUAUUGGCAGUAUACACAACAGUCAUUAUCAUCCUUUGAAUUAACAUUGACCAGAUUGAUGUCUCCUGAUCUAGCAUUUAAUGUGUAUGAGCGUUGUGUAUUAACAUGUGGGCAAACAGUUGAUCAGUAGAAUCUGUGCCUAAAACCAAGAGCCUUGCAGUACAUCUCAGCAAAUGAGGAUCCAAUUCAUUUCGUACUCAUAGGAGACAUAAUUAUGAGUUUGUUUUUCAGGGCAUAGAGGGAGCUGUGGGUUCAGUAUAAAAGAAAGCAGAUCAAAAAAAGACUGUUUGUUUGAGUAGCUCUGCGAGUUAUUUGAAUUUAUAUCAAGUGUUGUAUAAAGUGGCAAAAUGUGGGAGAAAGAUUACGCUGGCAUGCCCUCAAACUGUAUGUUGCAUAUUUACCACCUUAAUGAUUACAUCUGUUAAAUUAUAAUGCAAUAUUAUUUGUUUUAAUUGUGAUUAUAAAAUGUUUAUUUUGGAUGUACAGUAUGAUUCAUUAAUAAAACUAAUGUGCAUUAUAA